AUGUCACGCUCCGCCCUCCGCCUCCUGACGCCCCUCUCCCGACCUCUCGCGUCCUCCUCCUCCACCUCCUUCUCUUCUUCUUCUUCCUCCUCUCUCCUCGUGCAGCAGCGCACAGCAACAGCAGCGUCAAGCCGGCCCUUCUUCUCCCUGCCGAACCUCCCCUCGUCCCCGCCGCAGACCCUCACAGCGACCCGCACCCUCCCCUACCCGCCGAAGGCCCUGUACGCCCUCGUCGCCGACAUAGACGCUUACGCCUCCUUCGUCCCCUACUGCUCAGCGUCGCGCGUGACCGCCCGCGACCCCAGCCCGCCCCACCCCCCGACCGAGGCCGACCUGCGCGUCGGCUGGGGCGGCUUCGAGGAGACCUUCACCAGCCGCCUGCGCUGCCGCCCCGACCGCUCCGUCGAGGCCAUCAGCGGCGCCGACCUCGAGCCACCCGCCCGGGGCCCUUCCUCCUCCUCCUCGUCCUCAUCCUCCUCCUCCUCUAGAGGCAGCAGCGGCAGCAGCAGCGGCGCCGGCGCCGUCUUCACCUCGCUCGUCACGCGCUGGGAGCUGCGGCCCCUGCGUGAGGACGCACACGACCCCGCCACCCAGGUCGACCUCGUCAUCCGCUUCCAGUUCGCCAAUCCCCUCUACGCCGCCGUCAGCGCCGCCGUCUCGGACAAGGUCGCCGGCAUCAUGAUCGAGGCCUUUGAGAAGCGCGCGAGGCGCAUCCUCGGCCAGCCGAAGAAGCUGUGA